AUGAGAACAUCAAAGGGUUGCGCAAUCGUGGCCGCCCCACUCCAAGUGCUUUUCCUUUUCGUCUACGCCACUCGAGCAGGUGAGGGGUUAAUAAAAAUCGAAUCGUAAUUUAAUGAGCUGUUUUGCCAAGGUUAAUCCGGGAUCAAAAACCAAGAUUUUUUUCCUCAUUUAUGAUAGUAAAAAAAAAAACAAAAAUCAAAAAAAUACUUGUGGUAGUCAUGCUAUCGACUAUGCCUGAAUACUCUUCAGUGGACUAAAAUUUAUGAGCAUCCUGAAGUCGCUGAAAUUUCCUUUCGCAAUCAAUUAAUUCUCAAGUGCCGAACUACAAAAGGAAAAGUCAAGUUAGGCCUUUUCCUGAAUGGCUUGGUCAUUAAUUGCGCGAAAUUUGAUGCUUUUUGGCAUUUAGGGAGUUGUUGUGAGCCGAGAUUGCAACGAGCCCCUCGGGGAAUAAUUAUUAAAGAACUGGGGACAUAAAAAAUCGAGAUAAAACUAAAAAAUCAAGAAUAAUGAAGUUAAAAAAUAAAAAAUUUUUGAGUGCUACCCUUGGAUUUUCUUUAAAUUUUUUACACGCAUUGUGACUAGUCUACAUGUCAAUUCCUAAAAAUUUUACGUCGCUCUUUUGAAAGGUCAAUCAAGACAUUGAAAAUUUUUGUCGGCGAGAGAGUAGAGAAAAAGCGGAGAGCGGCCAGAGCAAAAAGUAUUUUUCGGCGGUAUCUUUGACAAUUUCGCUUGGAAAAUAAUAAUUUUUUGUGGAAAUAUUUAACACGGCAGCAGAAAUAGAAUGUCAUUUUUCUAACCUUCAAUAAGCCAAAAAUUUAUCCAAUUUUUGCCAACAUCCGAUCAAAAAAUCUCGGUUAUUUCUGCAAAACGCACGCCAAAAAUUUUAUAAAGAUUUAAAAAUAAAUUAAAUCUAAAUUUUCCACAAUUUUUUUUUUAUCAAAAUGCCAAAAAAUUAUUCUCCAAUUUCCAGAAGACACAUAUCACAUCACAAACAGUCGUUUGCCGCAUGGGAUUCCCUUCGAUUCGUGGAUAAAUCAGACUCAAAUCACUGCCGAGGCGAAUUGCACGCAAUGCAGUCCGCCGAUUUUUUUGAACCACACGAGUUAUGCGGAGGGAGAGGUGAUGUUGUUCAAGAAUAAGAGGAGUCGGCACAGAGCCAUCCCGAUCAUGGGACCGCUGAGUAAGGGGAAUUCCAAAUUCAACGACGCCCUCACUUUCAAGGAGUGGCUGAAACGGGUAUAUUCGGAGGAGAAGGGUGAGUUUUUUUUUGUCAAGAUUACUAUUGCAUAUACUUUUUCAAAAAAUUUUUUUUUUAAAAAUACGACGAAUUAAGUCAUCAUGUUGUCAAAUAUGCCAUAGAAGGCCCCGGUAACUAUAUUUUUUAUAGUGUUCCGGCCCUAUUUUACCUCAAUAUGACCUUGUAAAAAUCCAAAUCCGAAAAUAUCCAGGGGAUUUUGCGGAAGAUCCGUUAAUUUCGCCGGGAUCAAAGGUUACCGCUCGAAAUUAAUAUUCAUAGAGGUGUAAACAAACCUUCGAAAUAGCAAAGCGAUUUUUGAAUGGAUGUAGAAUUAAAACAUAGUCUUAUGAAAUCAAAAAAAAAAUACAAAUGUAAUAUCCAAUGAAAUUUUCAGCGGUCAAAGUGAGCGUUCGAACGACGGAUGUGGUUCGCCCGGUGAUGUUGCACUUGCAUGCCUCUAGAGAUCGAUUCCGAGCUCCGAUAAUCAUCCAUGCUGACGUUUUUGAUAGCCCUAAUAGUGCUGAGGUAAGCCAAGCCGUCUUUUUUUAUAUUGGACUACUCAAAAACUCGGCACAACGAAUCACAAAAAAAUCAAAAAAAAACUUUUGUUAUAACAAGUUUUUGUUGUAUGAAGGUUUAUUUUGACUUGAAAAGACUCCUGUGACCAUUGAACUUGUUCGUUAUAGAAGGGUUUUGUUGUACAGAGGCUUUUCUGCAAUUUUAUUACCAUCAAAAAAAUUUUUUUUUAGAAAGCCGUCGACGCCAGUGUAUUUAUCGACAGUGCGCGAAAAUUAUUGCCCGAGGCGAUAAUCUCCAUUGGCUGGACACCAACCGGAGAUUAUAGUGCAAUCAAUAAAUUGGAUUGGAGACAAGUCUUCCGGCUCGUGGAGCUGGUCUACAAUUUGGAGCAACCGCUGAUUUUGAAUAUGAAACUUAAUGAUGUAAGUGGAUUUACGCAUACAGUUGUAAAAAACGUACAUCCGGGAGGUAUCAAAACUGUGGCAAAAUACCUCCCUCUCCAAGUGAAAAAACUCCGAUUUCAAAAGCGCGCCCUUCAAAUCGGAGUUUUUUCACUUGGAGAGGGAAGCAUUUUGCCAUAUUUUUGAUACUUCCCGGAUGUAAAAUGUUACGUUUUUUGCCAUUGGAUCAGGUCCGCCACUGUAUAUCCUUCCCUAAAAGACAUAACCCUGUAUUUUUAGAGCCCUUUUAAACAUAUUUUACUCCAACUUUUUCCAGGCAAUCCACUCCGCAAAACAAUUGGAAUGGCUCCUCGGCGCGAGCCGCCCUCAAAUCUACCUCGUGAUCAAAGGAGAAGUCACUGAUUUUGUCGACAAAUGGGAGCCUCUCGAACACCUGACCGCCCUCGCGUCGGGCCGGAAACUUCUUUUCGACGUGGACGACACUUGGCGCACACGACUUGGGCAUGUUCUGCCGAAUCGGAAAGAAAAACGCGACUUGGACUCGGAUCAGUGGAAUAAUUUGGUGUUCCCCUCGCCGUUCUCGAUGCUCUCCACUUCCAUUGUAUCAAAUAAUGGAGUCGCAUUCCUGGGAUGGCCAAAUAGUCUGGCCAUAUCGAACAAAAGGAUCCAUCAAUCGCCUUUCAGGCAGAGUGUUAGUGGAAAGGUAAGGGGAAGAUAAAAUAAUGCUCAUUUUAUCAAGAGCGACAUUCCAUUUUGCUUUUUUGUUCUAAAAUUGGCAUAAAUUUAGAUUAGAACUCGCUGCAACAUAUUCCGAAUUCUUAGCUCGCGCUUUGCAGGAACCACCGAGAUUUUUAGAUCAAAAAUUGUCAAAAAUAAACUCUUUAUUACAUUACAGUGAGGGACCUGAUCCAGUGGUAAAAAGCGUACCAUUUUGCACCCGGGAAGUAUAAAAAACGUGGCAAAAUGCCUCCCUCCCCAAGUGAAAAAAACUCCGUUUUGAAGAGCGCGCCCUUUGCCUUAAAAAAAGAGCUUUUGAAAUCGGAGUUUUUUUCACUUGGAGAUGGUAUUUUGCUACAUUUUUUUGAUACUUCCAGGAUGCAAAAUGGUAAGUUUCUUGCCACUGGAUCAGGUCCGCCACUGUAAUGUAAUAAAGAGUUAAUUUUUGACAAUUUUUGGUCUAAAAAUCUCGGCGAUUCCAGCAAAGCGCGACAUUGUAGUAUUAGCGACUAUAAAACUGAAAACCGCGAUCUUUCUCUGCAAAGCCCGUGCUAGAAAUCACUCUCUAGCAUCUCCUUAGAAUGCUCUAAUAACCUCUCUACUUCCAGGUCCUUUUCCUCGAAAAACGACAAACCCGCGCCAUUUCUCCCGCCCGGAAGUCCGGGAUGACUCUGGACUUCUUUGAGACCGAGCCACAUCGUCUUCUCGGUCCGGAAAUCCCCCGUUCCAUUCGAGUAUUCAUCGGGUACGACGGCAAGGUCUCCAUCGAGAACCGUGAGAUCAAACGGAGGAAACGAGUGCUGCAUGGGUACCGGGAGAGUGCCGUGAGCCGGCUGCCGAAGAGCCCGUGUUACGGGUUCAAAGCGCUGGAUCGGAAUUUCCGCGUCGAGUUGGAAGUCUUUACGAUCGACUGCCGAGAGGACGUGGAGGAGGGCGAGGACUUUGAGAACAGGGUGUUCAAGGAGUAUCGGACAUUUAUUUCGUUGGAAGCGCCACCGUUACGAUCUCGAAGAGCUCGUUACGUGGCUGUGGGGAAAAGUGGCGACGGAGCUAUCGACUUUUUGGUGCAAGAGCUUCGUCACAGCAGCUCGUCGAUAUUGCAAACGCCCAUGGCUUGGAUUACAUUGUUAUUUGUGUAUUUAUCGGUUCGGUUAUUGGCUUGA